AAUGAAAUACUGGAUGUCACACGUGCCUCAAAUUACGUAAACCGGAGCGACAUAACCUCACUUCAUUUCAACGCGUUAUCGCGCAACACGACGGUGAUUUAACGCGUGUUUUUAUUUUAUUAGAAAAUAUGCGGUGAAUUAUUAAACAGAAACACAAAAUAAACAAAAAUGAGUAAGUUAUAUGUUCUUUACGAACAUAGUGCGGGCUUCGCCCUCUUCCAAGUGGCGGAGUUCGAGGAACUGGCAGCAUUCCUGCCGCAAGUCGAGGAGUCUGUGACUGAUCUGCAGCGGUUCAACUCAGUGGUCACCCUCAUUGCGUUUCAACCCUUCAAGUCUGCUAUCACUGCCUUGGAAAAUAUCAACGCGGUGUCUGAAGGUAUCAUACCUGAGGACCUAAACCUGUUCCUGGAGGGAGCUUUACCGAAGCGCAAAAAGCGCGGAAAAUGCACUCUCGGUGUGGCCGAUCCCAAGCUUGGUGCUGCCAUCAGCGAGGCUCUGGAGAUUCAGUGCUCCCAUGUUGGGGCUGUUCCGGAGAUCCUAAGAGGUAUUCGUCACCACUUCCAUGCUCUCAUCAAGGGACUGACUCUCAAGGCAUGCAGUGUAGCACAGCUUGGUCUUGGGCACUCAUACUCCAGAGCCCGUGUCAAGUUCAACGUUCACAGAGUGGAUAACAUGAUCAUACAGUCUAUUGCACUGCUAGAUCAGUUGGACAAGGAUGUCAAUACAUUUUCCAUGAGGAUCAGAGAGUGGUACUCCUACCACUUCCCAGAGCUUGUCAGCAUCGUCCCCGAGAACUACCUUUACACCAAGUGCGCUGAAUACAUCAAGGAUCGCAAAUCUCUCUCCGAAGAGUCCCUGGAGCCCCUCACCGAGAUCCUGGGCGACUCAGAGAAGGCCCAAGCCAUACUGGACGCUUCGAAGAUGUCCAUGGGCAUGGAUAUAUCUCCGGUGGACCUGAUUAAUAUACAGAUGUUCGCUGAGAGGGUUGUUAAGCUUAGUGAUUACAGGAAACAAAUAGCAGAAUAUCUCCACACGAAGAUGAACUCUGUGGCGCCGAACCUGACUACUCUAAUUGGCGACCAAGUCGGCGCUCGCCUCAUCUCCAAGGCUGGUUCGCUGACCAGUCUCGCCAAGUACCCAGCUUCCACACUGCAAAUCCUUGGUGCUGAAAAGGCGCUAUUCAGAGCUCUAAAGACCCGCUCAAACACGCCCAAAUAUGGCCUCCUGUACCAUUCGACCUUCAUCGGACGCGCGGGACUGAAGAAUAAGGGCCGCAUCAGUCGUUAUUUGGCCAAUAAGUGCUCCAUCGCGUCGAGAAUCGAUUGCUUCUCUGAAUCCCAAACAACAGUCUUCGGCGAAAAGCUACGGCAGCAAGUCGAAGACCGGCUCAAGUUCUACGAGACCGGCGACAUUCCCAAGAAGAACAUCGAAGUCAUGAAGGAGGCUAUGGAGGAAGCCCUGAACGCGACGCAGGAGCUGGAAGCCAGCGCCAAGAAGAAGAAAAAGAAGAAGAAGAAGAAGGAAGAGCCUAUGGAUGAGGAUUAGUGCCUAGGAUAUAUGGAUUACUUACAGCAGGCAAAAUUACUAUGUAGUCAACUUUUAUUAAUAUGUAGGAGGGAAUACUGCGUACUGUGUAUUUUUUUUAAAUACUACGUUGGUGGCAAACAAGCAUACGGCCCGCCUGAUGGUAAGCGGUUACAUGCGCGUUGCCAACCCUGACACCCCGCACUCUCGUUGAGCUCUGGCAACCUUACUCGCCGGCGGGAACACAACACUAUGAGUAGGGUCUAGUGUUAUUUGGCUGCGGUUUUCUGUAAGGUGGAGGUACUUCCCCAGUUGGGCUCUACGUCAUUUUUGCGUCAACGGCAUGAAAAGUACGGGCCCUGAAUAUAACUAACUUAAUUGGACUCAUUAACAAAUUAAACCUCUCAUAGUUAAACGCGCAAAAUUAUAUAUUAAAUUCUAAAAUUAAUAAGAGAUUCAAAUAUUCUUCUUCUCGUGUCGAUGGUUAAGUAUUUAUCGUCAUAUAUAUACGGUUUUAUAUUAAGCGGGACCAGAAGGUAGCGACGCUUAACGCCCUGUCUGUUGCGUCCCGUAGAUCUUGUUCGGAACAUGUGUGCGGGUUUGAAAAUCAGAAAUCAUAGCAUUUAUUCGUGAUAAACUAUGACAUACAAAAGUAUAACAACAUAACAAAAGAAAGAAACAUAGAAUAAAUAAAUAGUUUACCACGAAAUGGUCCCGCCUCAGCAUUAAUGCUAACCCAAAAGUCAGCGCUGAUCUACCGGCGAGACCAUUUGUGGGUCACGAACGCAGCUGUACGACACGGCAUAAACAUAAAACUGAACGCGGCUUUGCGGCGGCGAAAGGGCGGCGAUCAACGCCAUCUAGUCUGCCGGCGAGACGUCAUGAUGAGAAAAGAGGCCAUUGUUUGAGAGAGAGGUUUGCUGGGCAGGACAGCAUGUAUAUCAUCGUUUGGGGAGCCGUGCCACAUGUGCAUUGAGUAUCUGAGCCGCGUAGGCCACCCCACCUUACUAAAUUGUCUUUGCUGCGGCCAACUUGGGAACGCAGUCUAUUUAAAGCUUUCCAGAUCGGCCAUGGUUGUUUAUGCCCAGCCGGGAGCGUUUCGGCGGGACGAACGUAGUCAUCAGGAGGGGCGCGAGUACUUUGCCAUUGUGCCAGCCGGUUCUCGGGUGGUGAGACACUGAUAGCGGUAGUGCACCGCAUAAAGCUCUUUCGGCUCUUUAGACGCGGCGGUGGUAGCUUGUGGCCGUGGAGAGGGUGUCUUGGAUCUUGCUCUUGCUUGAGUUUUUCGACAGCGCAGGCCACCUCCCUUCGGGUCUCCGGGGGCGCUAUACCCGCCAAAGGGUAGAUCUUACUGAGUGGAGUGGGUUUCAGACAGCCGGUGAUAAUGCGGCAGGUGUCGUUGAGUGCUGAAGAAACUUGUCCUGCGUGGGGUGAGCGGUGCCUCACCGGGCAUGCGUAUUCACCCGCCGAAUAGCAGAGUGCCAGGCCGGUUGUGCGGAGUGUGUGUGCGGAAGCGCCCCAGUGCGUUGAGGUAAGUUUCCUCAGCAGGUUAUUUCGGGUUGUGACCUUUUGAUUGUGAGUGAUUCCAAUAUUUACAUCAAACAGUAGACAGAAGGUAAGAGUAAAAAAAUAUCAGCAGUUUACAAUAUUUUAUAAUCUAUUGCAAUAAUAAUGACGUGCAGACGCCAUUCCCAUAGUUAACUUCAGUGCAUAAUUUCAUAUGUAGACAUGUACCAUCUUAUUCGAUAGAUAUACAACUGUGUAUCUAUUGAAUAAGAUGGUACAUGUCUACAUAUGAAAUUUUGUACGUGACUUUGUAUGUGUUCUGUCUUUAGGAUGUAUAUUAGGUACAGUAGUAUUUAAAUAAAAGGCUAGUCAGUUUUCACUAGACCUGUCUCUGCGUGUUGGGUCGUGACAUACUACGGGGUGUUCUUGCGAGCCAGGUUGUGUUGGUGGAGUGAUCUGGUAAGUCUGGUGGGAGUGUAUAUGUAUAAGAUUAGUCUUAGGUGUUGGUACAGCGUGUUGUUUAUUUUCCUUUCCACUUUUUGGGGUCAUGGGCGCCGAUUUAGUUGGACUGUUUUCUUCGGUCUCCUCGAAGGUGUCGCACACAAUCAAGGUGAUAACGCUGUUUGGGGGCUUCUGUAAUAUAGAGCUGUGGCCUAUGUUCUUCUCAUCUGUUGGCGCAGGUUCUUGCGAAAUAAUAUAAUAAUAAAUAAUAAUAAAAACAUUUAUUUCAGAAAGAGCCCAUACAAUCUUGUUAGUUAAUCUUAAAAACUAAUUAUUAAUCGAUGUUCUUAAUUAGCAUUACAAUUUACGACUAAAAAGUAAAAUAAAAUAAAUAAAUAAACAGAAUAAGCACAAUAUAGGGUCUGCAGUGUUUGACAACAUGCAUGGACGUCCACCGGGCUAACAUAGGGUUGUCCCAGCGGUUAGCAAACACGCUCAAGAUGCGAUUGAGACUGCCGCGCAGACGGGACAUGAGCGAGGCACACCUUUUCCUCAUGACGGCCGCAAAGCCGUCUACCCUGGUUUCGGCAAACAUGCCAGACGCGCUACAGUGUCGCGGCAGCCCCAUCAGCACCCGGAACGCGUUAUUGUAUUGGACGCGAAGAUCGCUGUUCGCUCUUUGCGUAUAAUUGACCCACAGGCUACAUGAGUAGAAAAAUACACAGAAGGCUUUAAAAAGAGUAAUCUUUACUUGUUCUGUGCAUCGCGCAAACCUGCGGGCCAACAUAUUGCAUCGCACGGCCAGCGACCUUCGCUCCCGUGCAACGUCCAAGUUGUCUUUUAAGUCUUCGGUGACCCAGUGACCCAAAUAUUUAAAUUGGCUAACUUGCUUUAAAGGCACACCUGUUAAAGAAAUUGCUGGUAGCGUGUAGGUUUUGGUACCUGCCUUAAAAACCAUUAGUUUACUUUUGUUAGCAUUAUAUUUGAGUCCAUGGGCCACCGCAUACCUUUCACAGAUCGCCAGAAGGCGCUUGAGGGCCCCAAUUGAAGGACUCUGCAGUACCAUGUCAUCAGCAUAGCUAAUGUUAUUGACACAAAUACCGUCAAUAUGACAUCCGACUUUGGUACUGCUGAGCUCCUCGAUUAACCCGUUCAUAUACAGGUUAAAGAGCCGAGGUGAGGUUCCGAAAUGAUGUAGUCGACACGAUUUGGAUUUUUAACAAUAUUCUAAUGAUCGAAGCGAUUAAAUACAAGAAUUUCGAAUGAGAAUAAUGUAUGGACGCGCGACCCAGUGAUGCGUGGUGUCGGCGUCGUAGCGGAUCGGAGAAUGAUGAGAAGAAUGAGCUGUGUGGUGUCCGUGAGCGGGUUCUUGUUCGCCGGGUCCGACACGCCGCGCCGCGGCCGGCCGGGAGCGGCGCCGCUGCCGACGGACUGGCGUGAGGCAAACUUCAUCGGAUCACAACCCACACUGCCCACAACCCGCCACUCGAACGACUAACGAACAUUCACGAGAUGCGACGACAUGCGAGAGACUUCAGACCGUGCCAAAUCCUGGUUAAAGCGGUCAAAGGGGGGAUAAGGGCUAAAGUCGGGGUCAAAGAAAACACAAGAAAGCUUAAAGUUUUUUUCUUACACAUUUUACCACUUUGGAAGUGUCUCUCGCGCUAACUAUUCAGUUUAGAAAAAAAAUAUAUUAGAAACCUCAAUAUCAUUUUUAAAGACCUAUCCCAGAUACCCCACACGUAUGGGUUUGAUGAAAAAAGAUUUUUUGAGUUUCAGUUCUAAGUAUAGGGAACCUCCAAAAUUUAUUGUUUUUUUUUUUUUCUAUUUUUGUGUAAAAAUCUUAAUGCGGUUCGUAGAAUACAUCUACUUACCAAGUUUGAACAGUAUAUCUCUUAUGGUUUCGGAAAAAAGUGGCUGUGACAUAAUCGGACAGACAGACGGACACAAUCUAUAAGGGUUCCGUUUUUUGCCAUUUGGCUACGGAACCCUAAAAAGUAAAGAAACCAGUAUCAAUGUUAGUAGUGAAUAUAAACAAAUGCUAAACCAGCACCACCAUCAAAAUACAAACUGCAGAAUUAUUUAACACAAUAUUUUGCAAAAUGUAACGUUUUCAGACCACAUUCACAGGGCCCGUACCUUUCAUGCCGUUGUAAUAAAUAAUAUGUUGCCUUGUAAUAAAUACUAUGUUGUAACAUGAGUUGACAUCACUAUUUUUGUUCGGUUUUCCCGAGGGUCUACAGUAUGAAGUUCUACAAAAAAGGAGUGUACAGAUUUUUAAAAGGGUCGGCAACGCGCAUGUAACACCUCUGGAGUUGCAGGCGUCCAUAGGCUACGGUGACUGCUUACCAUCAGGCGGGCCGUAUGCUUGCUUGCCACCGUCGUGGUAUAAAAUAAAAAAAAACAGACAAUUUACGCACACACUUGCAUUUCAUUUUUGGUCACACUUUCGAAGUUUGACAGUCGUUCUAUACUAUCCUAUUUCUAUGGCUGUGCCCUACCACACAAAGCGAGAUGACAUUCACAGAUGUAAGGCAGUGGCGAGGAAUGAAAUGUCCAACCAAUAAAACGGGAAGACAUGAAUAUAUUUUCUUGUCAGUGGAUACAUGACGCAAAAAAUGUUAGGAAUCUAGCAAAAAAAAAAACUUUUCUUUAUGUAUUAUACUUAAAUAUCGGACGAAAUAAACUUCGUCCGUGUACGUCGUACUUUUAAUAAAGAUAAGGAUAUUUUUUAGCUACUAAGAGAAUUAGUAGGAAUAUGUGAUGAUUUUGUUGAAAAUAUAAUCACUGAAUAUGUGAUAUUUUUGCCAAGUACGUAUUCGUAUACAAACGUGUACGAACUUUUUGUUGAAAUACAUAUGACAGGUAAUUUUGCCUGCUGAAAGAGUUGAGACUUAUAAUUAUAAAUUUUAUGUUUUUUUCUUUAAUAAAGGUAUAGUGUACCUA